CGACUGCAGCGUUGAACGGCGAGGAAGCAUCGAAACUCCGAUCGGUCCAGGCGGGCCAUAUAAUCGGCCCAGUAGACGGAUUGGGCCCUUUAUCUAAAAGAAGCCCAGUUUUGCUCGUUCUAAACAUAAACCCUUGAACAAUAAUUUUCGGGAAUUUUAGCAUGGGAGGGCCAACCAAUAGCGGGAGCAGCAGUGACGAGGAGGAUGCGAAUUGGAAAGCAGCCAUCGAGUCAAUAGCUGCCACUACCACUUUUGGUAGCAAAGCUUUUGGUACCGCUUCCAAUGGCUCAAAAUGGCAUUCUACUUCUAAUGGAGACGGGGAAGAGCCAAACCAGAAUUCUAAAAAGCUCAAGCACUACCAACUCAAGGCACAAAAGCUUUUGGAUGACAUGUUAGAUAAGACCUUAAUGAUGGUGAGUGAGCCCAUUGAUAUUCCGGAUAACCCCAUUGCAGAUGAAGGUGGAGUUAGGCUAUUUAAAAAUUCUCCUGCUGGGAUAGUAUUUGACCAUAAAGAUGAAAUUCAAGGACCCAGAAAGCGACCAAGAAUCCUUCCUGGCUACAACCUUGAUGAGAAAUCAAAGAAGUUUAGACGGCAAAUCAAAUCCAUUGCUGUAGAUGGGGCAGAGAUAAUAGCUACAGCAACAGAGGCAGGCCAAAAGGCAUUAGCUAGGUUGGAAGCCAAAGAAGCAGCUGCCAAAGCUAAAGCCAAAAAAGAGGAGGAAAGGAUUGCAGAAUUAAAAAGAAUCAGGGGGGAGAGGUGGCUACCUUCUAUUGCCAAGGAAAUGCAGUUAAAUAGGAAUACAAGGCAACAAGUGUAGGCAAAUAUGUAAAAGCCAUUCGAUGUGUUUUUCCUUGCACCUUGGGCUGACCAGAGGUGUAACCGUGGCUUAAUCUGGCAAUUGCUUCCUAGCACUUCCAUGGAUAUGAUGCUUCCAUCAAAAUGAGCAACAAUUUGUUUUGAAAUUAAACUACGUUCUUAUUGGUAGUGUAAUAAUACAUAUUAUGAUAUCUAUUGAACGUUGAAUUCUUCUUUGUUACAUAAUUCUAAGUAAUGUCACAAGUAUGUAUACUUUUUGCA